GCGGGAAAACUUGCAUCGUUUUCCUCAUUCCUGUCCUGUUCGUUCAAGAGUUGAGACCCGUGUUAAGUUUGCUCGUGGCCAUUCCUGCCGGAUUAUUACCCAAAAAUUUUAAUUUAGUGCUAUCCCAGUUCAAGUGUUUUUUGUAACAGCGUGUUCCGGUGUAGUUUGAGGACGUGAACUUUUUGUUUCACUGCAAAAAUGGUUCUCAAAUCGAACAAGAUGUACGUCUUCAAGCGAGAUGGACGCAAGGAGGAAGUUCACUUGGACAAAAUUACAUCCCGUAUCCAGAAACUGUGCUAUGGGUUGAACAUGGACUUCGUCGAUCCGGUCGCGAUCACCUUGAAGGUAAUCAAUGGACUCUACUCGGGCGUGACGACUCAGGAACUCGACAAUCUGGCCGCGGAAACGGCUGCCACCAUGACGACAGAGCAUGCGGAUUAUGCCAUCCUGGCAGCCCGUUUAGCCGUGUCCAAUUUGCACAAGGAAACCAAGAAGCACUUUUCCGAUGUGAUGCAUGACCUGUAUAUGAUGGAGAAUGAACACCUGAAGAAGCGCACACCGAUGAUCUCAGAGUUCCACUACAAGGUCAUUAUGGACCACGCGGACCGGCUGAAUUCGGCUAUCAUUUACGAUCGGGACUUUGGCUAUAACUAUUUCGGCUUCAAGACGCUGGAACGAUCGUAUUUGCUCAAGAUCAAAGGCAAGAUCGUGGAACGGCCACAGCACAUGUUGAUGCGGGUUGCCAUUGGAAUCCACGGCGAAGAUAUCGACGCUGCCAUUGAGACGUACAAUUUGCUGUCGGAGAGAUAUUUCACUCAUGCUUCGCCAACGAUGUUUGCGGCGGCCACCUGCCGACCUCAGCUGUCGUCCUGCUUCCUGUUGACCAUGAGCGACGACAGCAUCGAGGGAAUCUACGACACCUUGAAGCAGUGUGCGUUGAUUUCGAAAUCGGCUGGAGGAAUCGGCCUGAAUGUUCAUUGCAUCAGAGCAAAGGGAACCUACAUUGCUGGCACGAACGGAAUUUCCAACGGUUUGAUUCCCAUGUUGAGGGUGUACAACAACACUGCCAAGUACGUUGAUCAGGGAGGUAACAAGCGGCCAGGUGCCUUUGCCAUUUAUCUCGAACCGUGGCAUGGCGAUGUUUUCGAGUUCCUGGAUUUAAAGAAGAACACCGGCGCUGAAGAUGUCCGAGCCAGGGACAUGUUCUACGCGCUUUGGAUUCCGGAUUUGUUCAUGAAGCGAGUGGAGGCUAACGAAGACUGGUGCUUGAUGUGCCCUCAUGAAUGUCCUGGGCUAUCCGACACAUGGGGUGAGGAGUUUGAAAAACUGUACACAUCAUACGAAGCGGAAGGACGAUACAUUCGGAAAGUGAAAGCCCAAGAUUUGUGGUUUGCAAUCAUCGAGUCCCAAGUGGAAACCGGUGUUCCGUACAUGCUGUAUAAGGAUGCUUGCAACAGGAAAAGUAAUCAGCAGAACAUCGGAACCAUCAAGUGCUCAAACCUUUGCACCGAAAUUGUUGAAUACUCCUCCAAGGAUGAAAUUGCUGUUUGUAACGUAGCGUCCAUCGCAUUGAACAUGUUCGUGAAACCCGACAAGACAUAUGAUUUCCAAAAACUGAAAGAAGUAGCAAAAAUUGCCACUAAGAAUCUCAACAAAAUCAUCGACAUUAAUUUCUAUCCAGUGCCAGAGGCCAAGCGAUCCAAUAUGCGCCACCGCCCGAUCGGAAUCGGUGUCCAGGGAAUGGCCGAUGCCUUCAUUUUGAUGCGUUAUCCUUACGACAGCGAAGAAGCUCAAAAACUGAAUCAGCAAAUCUUCGAAACUAUCUACUAUGGUGCCUUAGAAGCAAGCUGUGAAUUGGCCGAAAAGGAGGGUACCUACGAAACCUAUCCGGGAUGUCCGGUGAGCAAGGGAGUUCUGCAGUACGAUAUGUGGAACAAAGAGCCAACAGACAUGUGGGAUUGGGCUGCCUUGAAGGAAAAGAUCGCCAAGCAUGGCGUUCGCAAUUCCCUGCUUCUGGCUCCGAUGCCCACGGCUUCGACGGCGCAAAUUCUUGGAAACAACGAAUCAUUCGAACCGUACACUUCCAACGUUUACAACCGACGAGUGCUGUCCGGAGAAUUCCAGAUUGUCAACCAUCACCUGCUAAAGGAUCUCACCGAGCUGGAUUUGUGGGAUGACGACAUGAAAAACCGAAUUAUUGCAAACAACGGAUCAAUCCAGAACAUCGAAGAAAUCCCGCAGCACAUCCGCGAUCUAUACAAAACCGUGUGGGAAAUCUCCGUCAAGAGUUGCAUCAAGAUGGCAGCCGAUCGUGGUGCUUUCAUCGAUCAGUCGCAAUCGUUCAACAUUCACGUGGCUGAGCCCAACUACGGCAAACUUACCUCGAUUCACUUCUACGGGUGGAAAAUGGGACUGAAGACCGGAAUGUAUUACCUGCGAACAAAACCCGCGGUCAAUGCUAUCCAGUUCACUGUGGACAAGACUCGAUUGAAUCAGUCAAAUCGUAUCAAUAACAGCGACACCGUUAACGGAUCACCAUCGAAGAUGAAUGGCGCUACGAGCACCCCGAGCAAGAUGAACGGCACAGCCACUAGCAGUGCAUCUCCGGUCAAGGCAUCAUCGGACAACUCUCAACAGCAGUUGAAUGGGUCCCAUGCCGAGCGUAACCGAAGGAUGGCCGAGAUGGUUUGCUCGCUGGAAAAUAAGGAAGACUGCAUGAUGUGCGGAUCGUAAUCUGGGACGCGCAUGAAAUGAAGUGUGGCUAAAUGAUGCUUACUUAAUGUAUAGACUCUAGUGAGGUUCACCGUAAAAAAUCAUUUUUGGACAUUUCAUUUUGAUCAUCUAACUUCUAUUUUAUUAAAGUAAUUUGAAUGUACCUAUUUCACUGUUUUGUAACAUUCUUAGGAUUAAGUUUUAAAUGAUAACCUCUAGAAUAUACCAAAAUUACUAUGAACACA